UUUAAAAUUUGUAAUAAAAACACUUUAAUUAGUUACUUUUCCGUAAUAAUGUCAGGAAACGCUGCCAGACGAAUUUUAUAUAAAGCACAAGUUUAUUUUUUAUAUAUUGUGCUUUAUUUCUAUAAACUUGUUAUUGAUAAAACUUCCAGACCAACUUCCGGCCCAUCUACUGCUUCCUAUGAAGCAGAUAUUAGUUCUAUGCCGGCGUGGAUGCGUCGAGAGCCUAAAGUCCGCCGCAAUCAAGCAUUAUUGCAAAAACACGCCGGUACACGACCUACUUAUUUGCUUCUCGACAGAGAUGUUUACAUAAACAGAGCGGUUUAUGCGCUGCUAAUUGUAGGAACGGGGCUCUCCAUUUUUGAAGCGUACAACAUGAUUACCAAGUCAAAUAAAAAACAAAGAGGAUAGUUGAAUAACGGAAAAAUUCUAAUAAAUUUUUACUUUUUAUUAAAAGAGUUUAAAGUCAAA